AUGUCUGUGGAUGAUUUAUACGUUGAAGAUACUUCGAAACAGAAACUCAAAAGACACAAAUUUUCGUCAGAGCCAGCUUCAACUUCGCCAGUAUCCUCAUCUAAAACAACUACUUUGGGAUCAACUUCAGAAUCAACCUCAGUCUCAGCUGAGGCAGUAACUUCAAAGGAGGAGGCCUACCAUCCAACUACUGUGUCUCUCAAAAUAGAAGAAGUCACUGAUGAUCCGGAUGAGCUCAUUGACCUCAGGGGCGAGGGACGGUACUUUGGUGUGAGUGACCCGAAGAAAGAAGGUCCCAUCUGUGAUAAUUGCCAUAAGCGGGGUCACAAACGUGCCAACUGUAAAGUUGUUAUUUGUCACAAAUGUGGUAAAGUUGGCGAUCAUUAUGAAACGCAUUGUCCUACGACCUUGAUAUGUUUGAGGUGUGGUGAAAAGGGACAUUAUGUACUGGAGUGUAAGAGUAAGACUAGGAAACGACAAUAUUGUCGUACCUGUGAUACUUUUCAACAUGGUGAUGAAAACUGUCCCACCAUUUGGAGGUCUUAUAUCACAAAUCCACAGUCUAGGGCUAUGGAUGAACAAGGGGAGAGUUCUGUAUUGCCUGUAAUUUGUUGCUACAAUUGCGGAUCAAAAGUACAUUACGGAGAUGAGUGCCCCGAGCCUAGAUCGUCAAGGGUGCCAAAUUUGGGCUCAGCAUUUAGUGGAAACAAUCUACCUAAACGAUUGAGACCUUUGUAUUUCUUGGGUUUGAAAAGAGAUAGUGGCUACGAUGAGUACGAUCCGCUGAGAAGUAGACAUGAUUAUGGCACCUAUGAUUCGUAUGAAGCACAUAAAAGGCCAAGUAGGGGAUUCUAUUCUUCAAAUGGUGGAAACCUGAGCAGAACAAGUGGUAUGAACCUUGGUGGCCACAGCAUUAAUCAAGCUCCUUCACAUCAUAGCUCGGGAUAUUACAGCAACAGCAAUAACAACAAUAGAAAUUUCAGACCUAAUGGUCCUUCUUCAGUUAGACGCAACCCUGACUCUUUACCAACGCGUCCCCGUACUUCUGGUGGAGUUGAGAAUAGGAACUUUGGAGGUAAUUAUGCAAGAGAUUACAACAGUACGGACGAUCGACGGUCUGGCAGUCUGUUUCUGAAUGGAAGUCAUAGUUUCAAGGGCACGAAUCUGUUACCAAAAGGGCCAACACGGUCCGGCACGAUUAAAGGGAAAAAAGAUAUACUGCUGCUGUUGUUGCUGCUGCUGCUGGGAACAAUUUCCAAACCUACAAGGUCUGGGUUGAUUGAGGGUAGUAAGAAUAAGUCAAAGAAAAAUAAAGUAGUGUUUCCAAGAUACUAA